GGGAGAGGUCAUCAGUCCAGUCCCCAUAAACAGUCAAAGAUCAGGAAGCUUAAAGGCAGGAGCUGGGUGUGACUUUCCAGUAAACAGAAAGCUUCAGUUUGACAGUACAGACUCCAGAAGCGCUUCAAGCUCAAAGGGAACAAUGGCGUCUUCUUCUUACUCUGAAGAUCUGACUUGCUCCGUGUGUCUGAGCCUUUUUACAGAGCCGGUGACUCUCUUCUGUGGACAUUCUUUCUGCAGAGAAUGUAUCACCACUUUUCUGAGCUCACAGCGGUGCUGUCCACAGUGCAGGUCAGAAGUUUAUAUGGAGAAAACAUCUCUGACUACCAACCACGCCCUGAAGAGUCUCGCUGAAAGAACCAAAGAGAUCGAGAGGAUCAAGAAAGAAUCUGGGACUGACAGUCAGGUCAAUGAAUGGUUGUGCUCUGAGCAUGAAGAAAAGCUGAAGCUCUUCUGCGUCACGGAUCAGCAGUUUGUUUGCCUCAUAUGCAGAGACGGAGAGAAACACGAAGGACACAAGUUCAAGCCAGUGAAAGAAGCAGCUGAGUCUCUGAAGAAGGAGUUUCAGGUUUUUCUGCAAACGGUUUCUGCUGAAAUAUCUGCUGCAGAGAAAAGAGCCAAAACACAAAAUGAAGAAAUCACCAAAACUAAAGAGAAAUCUCAGAAGCUGAUAAGUCAAAUCAGCUGCCAGUUUCAGGAGAUGCACAAGUUCUUAUGGAAGAGAGAAGCUGAGAUAAAGAAUGAGCUGAAACUGAAAGAGAAUGAAGAAGUUGAGAAAAUGAACAAAAGUGCCAAUAAAAUAGAAAGAGUUUUGUCAAGUAACAAAAAAAUAGAGGAGAAGAUGAAAUCUGCUCUGGAAAUAACUAACUCUGAGAGAUUUCUGAAAAUGUAUACUAAGGAAAACUCUGUGGUAAAAACAAAAACUUAUUUUCAACAGAAAGCUGAAAAACUCCCGGUGAUAAACUCCUGUCUGUCCAUGGGUGUGUAUGAAAGCCACCUGCAGUUCUUUGUGUGGAAAGAGAUGCUUCAGGUCAUCCAACCAAAACCAGAACAACUGUCUCUGUCAUGUCAAAGUCCAGAUGGGAUUGUUUCUGAUGAUGGACGAAGUGUCCGCUCUGCAUGUCAACAAUGCAAGACUUAUCAGAAACAACUAUCUAACCCUAAUAGCCGUUACCAUUGUGGUCAUCAAAUACGGAGAGUAUACAAUAUCCCAACAACUGGAAACAAUACACAACCACCAACUGCACUCAGCUACAAUAAGUUCACCACAGGCCAGCAUUACUGGGAGGUCGAUGUUGGACAGAUGAAUUCCUGGAAGCUGGGCCUCCAAUAUUAUUUCAUGAGCUGUAAUGGUGGUAGAUACACUAUUUCCAAAAACAAUCUCAAGAAAAAUGCAACAUUUACAGGAAACAUUAAGAAAUUAGGAAUUUAUCUGAACUGCUUCACAAAGGAGCUUUCUUUUUAUGAUGCAGACAGCAUGCAGCUCAUAGAGACCAUAACCUACCAACUCCCAGACCCAGUGGCUGCAUAUUUUCAUAUACAGAAUAAGGAGGAUCAGUUUCCUCUGACCGUGUGCUGGUACUGAACAGGGAUCUGAUAGAAAUGAAUCCUCUGAAUCCUGCAGGGAUUUUGUUUUGCUUGAACUUGUGACAGAAACAGUUUGGAUAUAGAAGCUUCUUCUCUCAAGUCUUGAUAGUUCAUAAAAACAAGUUAUUAUUUUGUUAAAUCAGUAGAUUGUGGAAAUGGCGAGAAAUUGGACAACUUUCAAAAUGGUUAUGAUGUUCGGUAUAGAAAAAUUGUAAAUAACUGAAAUACAAUAGAACAGAACUUAUUAAUCUCAUAGAAGAGAAAUGUACCAAGUAUUCAAAUAGUUUUGAGUAAAACUUCAAUGAGAAGAGACAAAAAACUUGUUGAACUGUACAUAAUAUAUAUACAUAUACUGGAUAUAAGGUAAUGUAAUAUAGUACUCGUCUUUUUGACUAUCUUGGUGAUUUACUGGAAUUACUUUUUUGAUCUUAUUCAUUCUUUUUUUGCAAUUGUUUUAAGAAAUAUUUUACAUUUGUGUUCUUUAUUUGUAUUUGAAUAGCUUGCCAAUUGUACAUACUUGAAUGCAAUUUGUAGCCACACUUUAUUUGUCAUAGAUGUUCAACUAUAAACCACCUGUGAAACAUAUUUGUCUCAAACCUAAAAAUAGUAACAUCUUCUGAAUAUCCUGAAAUAUAAAAACUGUAUCUAUAUAAUAUUUUGUAAAAAAGAACUGUUUUGGUUUCCUUUUUUUAAAAUUUACAUUUUGUGGUAUUGAAUGCAUGAUUUGUGUUGUGUCUCAAUUUUUCAUAAAUUGUUCAAAAACAAUAAUACAACAUAUUAUUCUAAUAAAGUGAAAAUAUUCCUUG